UAAUAGUCUCUGGGAAGGGAGUGUGACUGGGAUAGCAAGUAAGGUGCAAAUAGAGUGGAGAAGCUGUAGGGAGAAGCUGCGCAUAGAGGGGAGAAGAUGCGCAUAGAGGGGAGAAGCUCGGCGAAGCUGUUGCACAUACAGAGCUGUGGGGAGAAGCUGCAGAUAUAGGGAUUAAGAUGCGGGAAGAAUACCGUUGCACAUACAAGGGAGAAGCUGCACAUAGAGGGGAGAAGCGGUACAUAGAGGGGAGAGGCUGGGGGGGGGGGCAGGUACAUGUACAAGGGCCAUAGCAAAAAAAAGAAAACAAGAGCACGUUUGGUUACAGCAGCAGAGCCCGCCCCCUUCUUUACCCAUAGCCAAUGAGGAGAGGCCCAUUGCACAGUGUUGGCUGGAGCAGCUGAGCGAGGGAAACAUUCAGUACGAAGGCUUCGGAGCUCAUUGUUCAGCACCACACGGCCUGGGACAGCGCCCUGAGCUCCCGCCGGGGAAUGGCCUGUCUGACCGCAGCUUUCACACUGGGAAACAACAACUCGCUGAACCCUCCUGUGGUGAUGGCGGAUCCAAAAUCAGUCUGCGUGUCUUUGGAUGAAGUGGUGUCCAACUGCACUGGGACUCAGGAGAUUCCACUGCUUAAUGGACACUUAAAGAAGGUGGAUAACACCCUCACUGAAGCCCAGCGCUUCUCCUCCCUUCCCAGGAGGCCAGCAGUGAACAUUGAAUUCAAGGAUCUUUCGUUUUCUAUCCCAGAAGGCCCGUGGUGGAAAAAGAAAGGCUACAAGACCCUACUGAAGGGGAUCUCAGGAAAAUUCCAUUGUGGAGAACUUGCGGCAAUCAUGGGACCAUCAGGGGCAGGGAAGUCAACUCUAAUGAACAUCUUGGCAGGUUACAGGGAGACUGGUAUGAAGGGAGAAGUCCUCAUUAAUGGUCAACCUCGUGACUUGCGUUCCUUCCGCAAAGUGUCCUGCUACAUUAUGCAAGAUGACAUGCUUCUGCCCCACCUGACAGUGCAGGAAGCCAUGAUGGUUUCUGCCCACUUAAAGCUUCAAGAAAAGGACGAAGGCAGGAAGGAAAUGGUAAAGGAGAUCCUGACUGCUCUGGGCCUGUUGUCAUGUGCAGAUACUAGGACUGGAAACCUUUCUGGGGGGCAGAGAAAACGCUUGGCAAUUGCAUUGGAAUUAGUGAAUAAUCCACCAGUGAUGUUCUUUGAUGAACCAACCAGUGGUUUGGACAGCUCAUCCUGUUUCCAGGUUGUCUCAUUGAUGAAGUCAUUGGCUCAGGGAGGCAGGAAUAUUAUUUGCACCAUCCAUCAGCCCAGUGCCAAACUGUUUGAGCUGUUUGAUCAGCUGUACGUAUUAAGCCAAGGACAAUGCAUCUAUCGUGGGAAAGUGUCAAACCUUGUUCCGUACUUAAGGGUUUUGGGAUUAAACUGCCCCAUGUAUCACAACCCUGCAGACUUCAUUAUGGAAGUGGCCUCAGGUGAAUAUGGAGACCAGAACCCUCGCCUGGUUCGAGCUGUGCAGGACAACCUGUGUGAUGCAGAACCAAAGAGAGAGUAUUGUGGGGAGAAUGAGCUGAGCCCCUUCAUGUGGCACAAGCCUGAUGAGGACUCCUCACCGACAGAAGGUUGCCACAGUUUUUCGGCCAGUUGCCUCACUCAAUUCUGCAUCCUGUUUAAGAGAUCCUUCAUCAAUAUCAUGAGAGAUUCGGUGCUGACCCAUAUGCGAGUAGCCUCACACAUAGGAAUUGGGAUCCUGAUAGGCUUACUGUACUUAGGUAUUGGCAAUGAGGCCAAGAAAGUCUUGAGCAAUUCCGGCUUCCUCUUCUUUUCCAUGCUCUUCUUGAUGUUCGCUGCUCUAAUGCCAACUGUAUUGACUUUUCCUCUUGAAAUGGGAGUAUUCCUCAGAGAACAUCUGAAUUACUGGUACAGCCUGAAGGCCUAUUACUUAGCCAAAACAAUGGCUGAUAUACCUUUCCAGAUCAUGUUUCCAGUGGCUUACUGCAGCAUUGUGUACUGGAUGACCUCCCAGCCAUCAGAUGCACUAAGAUUCAUCCUGUUUGCUGCUUUGGGAACAAUGACAUCCCUUGUUGCUCAGUCUCUAGGACUCCUCAUUGGAGCAGCCUCCACAUCACUGCAGGUGGCAACUUUCGUGGGUCCUGUUACUGCCAUUCCAGUUCUUUUGUUUUCCGGUUUCUUUGUUAGCUUUGAUACCAUUCCAAGUUACCUUCAGUGGAUGUCCUACAUGUCCUAUGUCAGAUAUGGAUUUGAGGGUGUCAUCUUGUCCAUUUAUGGUCUUGACAGAGAAGAUUUGCACUGCGAAAAAGAUGAAACCUGUCAUUUCCAAAAGGCAGAAGCCAUUCUGAAGGAACUGGAUGUGGAGAAUGCCAAACUGUACCUGGACUUUAUUAUCCUUGGAAUAUUCUUUGUCACCCUUCGCCUCAUUGCUUAUUUCAUCCUCAAAUACAAAGUCCGGGCAGAGAGGUAAAGAUGAGACAAGCAAGAAAGGUCAACCAAUCUUGUCUGUUAAAUGUCAAUGGGAUGAUUGCAAUGGACCUAAUUAUUGUCUUACUGUAUUAGGCAGGUCAUUGCCCUGCUGUACAGACACUAUCAAUGCCUGACUUUCUGGAACUGUGUUGGGUUAGUUGCUUUAUAGCAAAUCCCACUGGGACACUACUUGGGUUUACUACUUGGGUUACAAGUCUUUCUAGAUUUACCUAGGAAGGAAUAGAAGAGAAUUGUACAAUGAACCUACAGUAUUGCCCCGAGGAGGGGAAUCUUAAAAUGUGACCUUGUCUUUGAAAUGUCAUUAGUUAAAUUAUUUCUCAUAGGAAUGACUGCUGCACAGCAGCUAUAGAUAAUUGUAACUGAUGAAGCUCUGCUUGGGAAUCCUUCAAGUAUUAUUUUCAUUUUCUCUGGAAUUGUAGUACUCAAGAUGGAUUGAGCCAAUGGCUGUUGCCAUACAGUGGUAGUUGUGAUGCAACAGAAUGCACCUUGAAUAAACCAUCCAUAUUAGUUUUUGAUUUUUUAGAGUUCUACUUAAGAGAGUUGGCCUCUAAUUCAAAAUAAAUGAGAGAUAGAAGAGGAUACAUUUCUUGGUUUAACCAGCAAAGCAAUGUCAACUGGUGGCUGAGACUUGACAUAAAAUACCUUGGCUACUGGAGUGGAACCAAUUUUCAGUUAAUACAAUUCAAGUGAAAUCAAUCAAUGUCAUUGUGAGCCUCAGAUUAAAGGUAAACUGAUUGACUAGACUUAUAUUUUUGAACUGGAUCUGAAAAUCUAAACCUUAAACUUAAAUCCUUAAAAUAUUUUAACAUGGCGACUAUAAGUACCUUUAAUUCAGUUAUUUGCUUGCAUUGCACUACAACAAAUGCUUAUAAUGUCUUUUUUCAUCUCAAAUGAUGGUGAUUAUAAUGGUGGUUAGAGCUUGUGAUGUGCGAAUAAAUUAGGCAGGUGCGAAUUCAUGACAAAUUUCUGCGUUACGCCGCCAACGAAAAAUCCACAUCAUCGGAAAAAAAUGGCGUGCGUCAGAAUAGUGGCGCGUAAAAAAUUUGUCACACAUCAAAUUAUUCAGACACCGAUUGACUUUAAUGCAUUUGGACAAAAUAGGCGCGCAUAGAAAAAUUUAGUAGGCUUUAAUUUUGAAGAGCGUCAAAAUUAUUUUGACACCCAUUGACUUCAAUGCAUUUUUUUGCCAAAUGUUUUGGUAAAUUCGCAAAUUUUUCGGCAAAGCAAAACAGGAGAAAUUCGCCCAUCACUGGUUAGAGCACCAAAUUCCGUUGUUGAUGUCACAUUAGGAGAUAAUGUCACUAUGAUGAUGUAUGUAUGUCAUUAUUUCUAUUACUGGUGCGGUGCUUAACUUCCCAUAAUAAGUUUUCUUAAUUAACUUGGACUAACAGUACAUUACCAGUGCUAUAUGGGCCAAAUAUUUCCCUGCACUAUAUUUGCUUCCCAGUGAUCCUUUAUAAACAUAUACUGGCAGCAUAAUGUAGCAGAAUGUGCAAUGACAUGCCAGUGCCAAAGAAUUAUUGAACCUGUUUAAAUUAAAUUGUAGGGCUAGCAGGUUUCUGAGAUCUUUCUUUGGAUAUCCCAAACCUAAUGAAUCCCCACAGCCCCAAGAAACGCAUUGUUCCCAAGCAACUUGAUUGUUUGGUUGGUCUGUACCCUUCUAAAGUGAGCAAACCAUUGCCCUUAACUACCUCAUCCACAUGCGUGAAUGUUAACCAAUG